CCGUGCGGGUCUGUGCAGUGCGUAUUGCUUUAAAGUUGUGAAAAAGAUUUGAAGGGAAGGUGCGGGGGAGGAGGCGGCAGUGCGCCAAUAAGGGUGAACGGAGAGAAGAGCUGCUUUCUACACACUGGCACAGGAAGAUGAGGAGGAAAGUCGCGGCGCUCCUCAGCCUCGUGAACACGCUCUUAGCGUUAACGGUGCGCUGAUCUGCUUUUGACCUUCGCUCAUAGAUGGAAGCACAGGAAAGAGUCAGGAUCCACUUGUCACAAGAGGAAAUCGAUCGCUCGUAGUAAUGGGGAAUAGCUCACCCAAACCGCUUACAGAUGCAAACCUACAGCACCGCCCUGUGGCUAGUCGCCAGUAUUACAUUCUUCCUCAUGGCACGGUGGAGAGGCGAUCGUCUGCGUUGGCCGUUAAUCUGGAGUCUCCGCGCUUCCACCCACAUGCCAAGGGCAAGAACAUUCGUCUGGAUGCACAGCUGAGACGUGCCACGCGCAAGAACAGCUUCUGCCAUGGCCUGACAUUCAGCCAACGGCCCAUCCGUCUCUAUGAGCAAGUGCGUUUGCGGCUGUCAGGGGUGCACUCAGGCUGGAGUGGCGCACUACGCUUUGGUUUCACUAGUCUAGACCCAGGCGAGCUUGCCUCAUCUGACAUCCCCAAAUACGCCUGCCCAGACCUAGUGGCACGGCCUGGCUACUGGGCCAAGGCCUUGCCUGAGAGACUGGCUGCGAGGGACAAUGUGCUGGCUUUCUGGGCUGACCGGCACGGCCGUGUCUUCUAUACAGUAAACGAUGGGGAGCCUGUACUGUUCCACUGCGGCCUGAGUGCGGCCCGUCCACUCUGGGCCAUCAUAGACAUCUACGGCAUCACACAGGAGGUCACACUGCUUGAAAGUACGUUUGCUGACAGUACAAGCUGCCUGAGCGUGGCGCGUCUGAGUGCCUACUUGCCGCCAAGCAACCAUGAUUCAGCCAACUAUAACAACAACCAGUUAGAAAGCAACCAGGCUGCCAAAAUGGCUGCCUUGCACCUCAGCAGCUCCACGCAGCUGAGUCCCUGCUGCUCCUCCUCUUCCUCCUCAUCCUCUUUCGGUGUCCAAAGGUUAUCCCGUGGCCUUCCCUCUAACCUUGAUGCCGACCUACGCUUUCACCCGGUGCGUGGCGCCGAUGUGCUUCUGUCCAGUGACCGGGCUAUGGCCUGCGUCCACUCCUCAGAUGGUAUUCGGACUUUGGUGUUCAGUGACAGGCCCAUAAGACUUGGUGAGACUCUGUUUGUGGAGGUGAGUCACAUGGGCCCACCUUGCCUUGGCAUGCUCCUGUUUGGCAUGACUUCAUGUGACCCGGGCACAUUGCACGCUGCAGAGUUGCCUGCUGAACCUGAUGCUCUCCUUGAUCGUAAGGAGUACUGGGUGGUGCACCGCGGUCUCCCUGCGUCUGCACCUGGCGACGUGCUCAGCUUCAUGCUUCUACCUGACGGAGAAGUGCAUCAUGGGAUUAACGGGGUAGCACGUGGACGCCUGCUGUGUGUCGACUCCUCUCAGGCUCUUUGGACCUUCUUCGCUCUGCGGGGCGCCAUCAACCGUCUCAGGAUAUUAGGAACACUGCUGGCAAGUUCAUCAACCUCUCCCUCUGUAUCCCAUGGCACAGCGUCCGAUGACAGCGACUCUGACCUGACUUUUAGUGUCAACAGAUCCUCAUCUGCCUCCGAGUCCUCACUGGUGACAGCCCCCAGCUCUCCUCUCAGCCCCCCAGUCUCACCAAGCCUGUCCUUCCCAGAGACUCCACUAAUCAGCAAGAGUGGUGAAUGCACAGUGUGCUUCGAUCAGGAGGUGGACACAGUCAUUUACACAUGCGGACACAUGUGUCUGUGUCACGAGUGUGGACUCAAGCUAAAGAAACAGAUCAACGCUUGCUGCCCGAUCUGCCGGAGACCCAUCAAGGACGUGAUCAAAACUUACAGGCCAUGAGAAGAUGCAGAACUCUAAAAGCAGCUGAGAACCAGCUUGAACUUAGCUUGAUUUCAGGACCGUUCUGUAGCUUUGACUCCUGUAGCGUAACCUCACUCUGUGUCCCCACGCUCAAUUCUACCCCCCAAAAAAACACCACUUCCCCUUCCCGAUCCAGAUGCAGUGGAACAACACGAGGUUUGUCUGAUGCUUGCUCAGACAUUUUAGUGCCUUUGACAUCUGUCUCUAAAGCAUCGCCUCCUAUCCUGACAAUCAUAUUUGAUAAAUUGUGGUAUACAGAAUAUAUGAUUUUUAUCAGAGGGACACUGAGAGACUUGUUUAAAGCAACUUACAGAUGUAAACAGAUUUAAAAAAAAAAAAUAUAUAAUUAUUUUGGUUUGAUAUUUUAAAAAUAAAUAUGUGUUUCCAGUUGUGGAAAAUAGCUAAUAAAAGAAAUCCAUUCAUAUGUAUAGUGAAAGAUGAGAGGACAUUUAUUGCACUUAACUGAGUAAAGUAUAUCUGCAGAUAGACGGCACCUAAAGGCAUUUCUCUAAAAAAUAAACCAUGGAUUUUAGGGAAAUACAGAACAAAAUAUUUUUGUAUUAAUGCUGUAUGAUUAUGUGAAGGGUAUGUAUCCAGUAAAAUUCAUUCUUUACUGAGGGAACUCUCUAAACUUUAUCAUUUAACGCAGAAUCUCUGCACAGUAAAUAGAAGCUGUAAAGUCUAAUGGCGUUGACUUUCAACCACAGAGUACACAAAACACUAGAAGAGUGUUCUCUAUAGGCCCGACUUUGACUUUUUCAUUUUAUUGUCUUCAGAAGUAAUCAAAAGCUGUAAAAUCAUUAGCCCCUUUAUUAACAAUCUUAAGGAAAGAAAGGUUUUUCAAAAGGUUAGUUAAUGGUUUGAGAUUAAAUAAGGGUUACUAAGCUUCACUCAGUUGUAGGGUUAUACAUGUGUGACUGCAGGUCAAAAUGGUAAUUGAGCUUUUUUACCUGUAUUAAAUGUCAUUUUAGACAGCAUUAAAUAUCACAUAUCUGCAUUUGCUGAACAUAUGCUUGUUGUACGUGUGACUGUCACCAAAAUACGUAAUGUGAUUUUCUACAAAUACAUUGACAAUCAAACACAGGAGUGUCUUACCUUGCUCCUGGAGAUAACUCUCUCUCUACUGUUCACCCUAAUUUCUGUUAAAUUAGGGCUUGAAUUAGACCAACAUUAAAAUGGAUCAAAUUAAAAACAAUUACAAUUGUUCUCAGGAAAGUGUUGACAUGCACACUGCUUAAUGUAGGCCAUUUACACAAUGUGUUUGGAUAAAGUGUGACUUUUAAAUAACAACUCUAGAUCCACCUGUACCUGGCCAAUCAGUAGCAAAUAAACCUUCUUUGCUUGUGAUAUUUA